UUUUCAUUGAAAAUAUUAUAAAAUCAAUAUGAAUUACGCUGAUUCUAGAACUAGCCCAAAGGACCAAAGUUGUCUGAAAAGCUCUGGCUCUGGCGAUAAAGAAAAGUCUCUAAAAAGUACUCUGGAAAUGAGUAUGGAGAAGAUCGAAUCUUUUACUUUAAAAGAGAAAGAUUUUGAACAAAUUAUUGAUGAUGAUCAUUUUACUGACGAUUCUCUAACAAAAUAUAAAAAUAGUAUCGAUUACUCCCAGUUUGAGUUAACAGAAAUCAACAAUGGGCUUCUUAUUAGUAAGAAAGAAAAAGAGAUUACUAAUACUUAUGAUUUAAUUGAUGAACAAGAGUUAGGCCACAUCCCAGGAUAUAGAAAGGACACAUUAGAGUCAGCCAAUAAAAUUUUUACAUCUACUUACUCCAGCGAUUGAGAUUUAAAUUCAUACUCUGGAGAUGGACAAGACUUCUUACCUUUCUCCAAGUUUUCCCAACAUCAAAGGUUUGCUAAAACUGAGAAGAAGGCUAAGGGAGGCUUGAAGCAGGCUGAAAUGGGAAAGCACCCUACUCAGAAAUACAAGGAUGUUCUUGAAACAAUGGAGUCUUGCUCAUCCCAUUCUUCCGACUCAGAAGAGGAGGAGGAUGAUUUUGAAGACUCUUCAUAA